AUGCAAGAUCCUCUACCCUUCUCUGACAAUGACGUCCUUGUCCGUCCAAUACACUAUCACAAGGACAAGCGAUCUGGUGAGGAUUACAUCAAGCUGGAAGAGGAGAAGAAGAAGAUGGAGACGAAGACUUCUAAACCUCGGGUCAAGCCUACUGCAGCGUCUACAGCAGCAUCUACAUCAGAGUCUUUCAUCACGAUUGAUCAGGGCUCUGUUCGCAUCCCAACUCCACCAGUGCAACCAGCAGCAGCUGUUCAGGCUCUUCAGGACAUUGUCUUCACCCUUCAGACUUUCACUGACACAGUUCAGGGCCUCAUCGCCAAUCUGCAAGGGGGAGAGGAGCAGGAGGAACCAGGGAACAAAAACUAG